AUGGAAAACCUCACGCCAGAACAAUGGCGCGAGAUCGUGAACAAGAAGUUUCGCUUCCCUCCGGAGCUCCUCGGGGCCAUCCGAGAGGGCAACGUGAACACGGUCUGUUCGCUGCUGAGGACGGGUGACGGCAUCAUCCGCCAGCUGGACGACUCUGAGGACAGGCUCUGGAGAGAAGCGCUGAACUUGUCCAUCCGACUGGGCAAUGAGGACACCAUGGACACCCUUCUCAAAGGGGUCAAGUUUGACUUCCGGAAGAUCCACGAAGCUCUUCUGGUGGCUGUGGACACCAACCAGCCUCGUGUGGUCAAGCGCCUCCUGGACCAGCUUGAUCUGGAGAAGGGAAACAAGAUGGAUGUGCGCUCAUUCUCAAUGGCCAUUUUUGACCAAUCCAUUGAUGACUCCCAGUUUGCCCCUGGAGUGACACCAUUGACACUGGCCUGUCAGAAGGAUCUGUAUGACAUUGUGACAAUGCUCAAUCAGAAAGGUCACGAAAUUCCUUGGCCGCAUAAAAUCUCAUGCAUAUGUCUGGAGUGCACAAAUGGACGGCAAUAUGAUUUGCUCAAGUUCUCGCUGUCUCGUAUCAACACCUACCGAGGUAUUGCCAGCCGUGCUUACCUGUCCAUCACCGCAGAUGAUGCCAUGCUCAGUGCCUUUCGACUCAGCCGGGAUCUCCGCAAGCUGUCAAAAAAGGAACCUGAAUUUAAGCCUCAGUAUCUUGCCCUGGAGCAGCUGUGCCAGGAGUUUGCUGUGGAGCUGCUUGGAAUGUGCCGGAACCAAAGUGAGGUCACCACCAUCCUGAACAGCCUUGGGGAUCAGGAUGAGGACAGCGAGGAUGAGUUGGACCAGCAGGCAUUUGAGGAGGGCAUUCCAAACCUGGCUCGCUUAAGGCUUGCCGUCAACUAUAAUCAAAAACAAUUUGUAGCGCACCCGAUCUGCCAGCAGGUGUUCUCCUCGAUCUGGUGUGGGAACCUAUCAGGCUGGAGGGGCAGCAGAACAGCCUGGAAGCUCCUGGUGUCUUUUGGGAUCUUCCUGACCAUGCCCAUCCUUUGCCUCAUCUACUGGAUUGCACCAAAGUCAAAGUUGGGGAAGACUUUGAAGAUCCCAGUGAUUAAAUUCCUUCUCCAUUCGGCAUCAUAUAUGUGGUUCCUGAUCACGCUUCUGGGGGAAUCUAUUGCCAUGGAGGUGUACCGGGACAGCUUUGCCUCUCGUGAGCAGACCAUCCUGCACAACUCCUUCCACAUGGUCUGGGUGGUUGGUUUUUUCUGGUUCGAGUGUAAGGAAAUUUGGAUCGAGGGCUUGAAGAGUUAUUUCCUAGACUGGUGGAACUGUCUGGAUGUGAUGGUUCUUAGCAUGUACCUGGCUUCAUUCGCCCUGAGAGUGGUCAUCAUGCUCAAGGUCCAUUUCCUCUGCCAGUUACCUGACAAACAGGAUGAGUGUGUCUACUUCACCGAAACUUUGCGUGAUGAGUGGCAUCAGGAGGAUCCCCAGUUCAUCGCUGAGGUGCUGUUUGCGGUGACCAGCAUGCUGAGUUUCACUCGCCUGGCCUACAUCCUACCAGCACACGAGUCUCUUGGUACCCUGCAGAUCUCCAUUGGAAAGAUGAUUGACGACAUGAUGAGAUUUAUGUUCAUUUUGGUGAUCAUUGGAACUGCCUUCCUGUGUGGCGUCAACAAUAUCUAUGUCCCAUAUAUGAUUUCACCAAAUCUGGGAAGGCUAAAUGAAACCUUCAGCUUCCUCUUCUGGACCAUGUUUGGUAUGGUCGACCAGUCCUAUGUGGACAUGCCUGAGUUUGUUUUGGCUGAGUUUGUUGGCAGAAUCCUUUAUGGCAUCUACACUCUGAUCAUUGUCAUUGUACUGCUAAACAUGCUCGUUGCCAUGAUCACCAACUCUUUUCAGAAGAUUGAGGAUGAUGCUGAUGUAGAGUGGAAAUUUGCCCGUUCAAAGCUCUACCUGAGUUACUUCAGAGAAGGACUGACUAUGCCUGUCCCUUUCAACAUCAUCCCCUCUCCAAAGGCCAUUUUCUAUCUUUUAAGAGGAAUUUUCAGACGGAUCUGCUGCUGCUGCUUCAACUGUAAUUCUGCUCCAGACUACCCUGCACUUACGUCUAUGGAUGACGUGGGUCCAGGGGAGAACCGCGUUCCCUACAGACAGCAGGUCAUCCGCGCUCUGGUUCAGCGCUACAUCGAAUCUGCCAGGAGAGAGUUUGAAGAGACAAAACGCAAAGACGUUGGGAACAGGAUCACAGAGCUGAGCAAAGUGUUUGGCCAGCUACAUGUUGAAAUGAAACAGAUUCAAACGAACGCGUUUGACUACUCAGACAACACCAAAGGAGACCCGUCAGGAGGAUCUUCUUUCCUGGGGAAGUACAUCCUUGGAGCCAAGAACAACUUCAAGGGCUUCAACAGCAACGAGAGAAAGACUGUUCCAUUACAUGAGCCUAUACACCAUGAAGAACCAGCAGCGGAGACUGUAGAAGAGAAGGACGUGCAGGAGUCACCGACCACUGACACAGAGCCAGACAGGAAAUCAAAUGAAGAGCAAAACAGUGAGGGAGAAACAGAUAAUGCUGUGGAAGACAUGAAUGAGACAGAGGAGGAAGAAGAUGAGGGGGACGUGGAGACGGGAAAUGAUGGUGUCACUAAGAUUAGCAUGGAGGUAGAGGAGGAGGAGGGUGGUGCUGAAAAGAAUACAUAUACAGAGAAUACAAGUGAGAUAGUCAUAGAUAUAGAGUCCAAUACAGAUGCUGAAAGUGAAGCUAGUGGAAAAAGAGAAGAUGAGAUGAUGGUGGAGGAAACCAGUGAUAAUGUGGAGGAAUUAAAUGCAGAGGCGACAGGAGGAACAGAUCUAAAUGAAGCAGAGACAGAGGAAAACGGAGAGGUUGAGGAAAGUAAUGGAACGACAGAAGAUGUAAAAGAAGACGUAGGCCUAGUUGAAGUCAUCAAUGAAAAUGCAGGUGAGGGCAUCAAGAUUGACCUGAAUCAGACAAGCCUAGUGAGUUUCUUAGCAAAGAGCAUAGAGGAAAAGCUAGAGAGGAAUUUUACUUUCAUUGGAAACCAAGUAUCAUCUCCAACCAGCAGCGAUGACUCCCAAGACACCGGUUUUGGUUCUCAAGUAUUUGACCUCUCAACUAGCAGUCCUUAA